CGAUGCUUCUGGAUACCGUAACCGAAUUUAAGCUUCUUUCGAUUGACCUUAGGUACCGGGACAUUUUUACGAUGUUUCUUUACACGUCUCGGAGAAUUUUACAUGGUUUUUAAUAUUUGAGGUUCCCUCAGCGCUCGGGCCGGUUGCCAGGGUUUCCGUGAACGCGCCUCGAGGCACUCGCCGCGUAGUAACCACGGCAGCACAGUGUUCACCCAGACAUGGCGGCGGAUCCCAACCCGGAGUGGCUCUCCUGCCUCCCCUCUUCUUGGAGUUACGGGGUGACUCGGGAUGGACGCAUAUUCUUCAUCAACGAAGAAGCCAAGAGUACAACCUGGCUGCAUCCCGUUACUGGAGAAGCCGUUAUAACGGGGCACAGAAAAACUCCAGAUUUACCGACAGGAUGGGAGGAAGGAUACACGUUCGAGGGAGCUCGCUGCUUCAUCAACCACAAUGAGAGAAAAGUGACCUGUAAGCACCCGGUGUCAGGCGUCCCCUCCCAAGACAACUGCAUCUUUGUCGUAAACGAACAUGUGAGUUAUGGGAAACUUGUCCACCCAGACAAGCCUGUAGAGAAUGUGACCAGGUCAGCUCCCAAGGCUCUAUCAGAGCAGGACAGUAGCGGUGAAAAGAAGGACCGGCCAAUGAGCACCAUGAGCGAGGCAUCCAACUACACCGGAGGCUCGGACUACAGCACCUUCCCUGGGAGCCCUGCCACCACCAACACCACCACCAACACCACCACCUCAUCCGCACGGCCCUCCAGGUCUUCCAAGAAGAUUCACAAUUUUGGCAAGAGGUCCAACUCCAUCAAGAGAAAUCCCAAUGCCCCGGUCGUCAAGAGCAACUGGCUUUACAAACAGGACAGUGCCGGCAUGAAGCUGUGGAAGAGGAGGUGGUUCGUUCUGUCUGACAUGUGCCUCUUCUACUAUCGAGAUGAAAAAGAGGAGGCCAUCCUGGGAAGUAUUCUCCUGCCCAGUUUUCACAUCUCCAUGUUGUCGGUGGACGAUCACAUCAGUAAGAAGUACGCCUUCAAGGCCACUCACCCCAACAUGCGGACCUACUACUUCUGCACAGACACACCCAAAGACAUGGAAUCCUGGAUGAAGUGUAUGACGGACGCUGCCCUCGUCCACACAGAGCCAAUCAGAAGACUGGACAAGUUAAAGGUGGACCAGCGGACGCCUCAGGAGCUCAACAACCUGCUCAAUCACCGGGUUCUGACUCGCCCUGAGAUCCAAAACAAUGAACGCAACCGGGAGCCCGCACGGCAAAAAGACCUGGAAAAACACAACAGCCAGCGGGAGCGGGAGUACUACACCUUGCAGCGCGAUGGAGAGCGCUACUCCCUGAGGAAGGACGGCGUGAGCUACACACUCCAGAGAGACGGCGAGCGGUACCUGCUGCACAAGGACGGUGAGAGGUACACGCUGCGCAAAGAUGGCGAUAAGUACUCACUUCAGAGGGACGGCGAGGUCAACGCUGUCUGUGGGGACCCGGAGAAGUACGGGUCUGUGGUGCCGCCUGGCACUGAGGAGAAGUACGCACCACCAAAGGACAGCGAGAAGUACCUGGUCGCCAAAGAUGGGGAGCGGUACGCACUGCAGAGGGUGGGAGACAGGCACACACUCCACAGGGAGGAGCCAAAAUAUGUCACGCAGAAGGAGGUGAAGAGGCAGCUGUCCCUGAAGGAGGACAACAGGUACGGCACCAUCCAGGUGCUGGACCGAUACGGCACACUGAAAGAAGUGAAGAAGUACGCCACCCUCCGCGAAGGAGACAAGUAUGCCACCCUCAGAGAGGCAGGGCGAUACGCCAUGGUCCGUGACGGGGAGAAGCAUGGCCUCCAGAGGGAGCCAAGCACAGAGAGAGCCACCACGAAGAUCAGCAGCAUCAAGCUGCAGCCAGCCCAGGCCGCCGCCAUCGCUGCCGCCGUCUCUGCCUCCCGCCAAGGCCAGGCCGGCCGCAACCCUCCACACAAGGCCCAGCAGGUGGACGGUUCAGCAGCCAGUCCAGGGGAGCUGGCGGCAGAUUGCAGCCCGGGGGAGGUGGAGGGCACCCUGGGGAGAGCUGCGGGGAAAACCCAGACUCCGAGUCAGGAGCCAGAGAGAGGCCUGUCCCGAACCGACUCCAUGCAGCAGCUGGAGAACUGGGUCCGCACACACAGGACCAGAGGACCAGACGAUGACACGAGGAGCAUCACCUCCUACCAGACCUUGCCGAGGAACAUGCCCAGCCACCGGGCCCAGAUCGUGCCCCGCUACCCAGAGGGUUACCGCACACUGCCUCGUAACAGCAUGAUGAGGCCGGACAGCAUCUGCAGUGUGGCGGGCUCCGUGUACGACCGGGCUCUCCGCCCCACCUCCACCGUGACCACAGCGGAGAAGAGAAGGUCAAUGAGGGAUGAUACCAUGUGGCAGCUUUAUGAAUGGCAGCAGAGGCAGGCCUUCUCCAGGCAAAGUCUGGCUCAGCCACCAGGGGCUGGCCACUAUGGCACCCUACCCAGCACCAAAACCAUGGGCAACAUCUCCGAGCACACCGUGGCCCACUCCAUCCCCACUUCCCCAUCCCAUGGCUCACUGGCACUCUACAGCACCUUCUCCCCUCCCCGGCCUCAGCAGGGGCCCCACAAUGUCAGCUCGCACUCCGAGGUCUCCUCCCCGGUCCUCCAAGGAGACGUGACGCUCGACCGGCGACACAGGACACACCUGGCCAAGUACGGUUACCCACCUGACCGCAGGUCCAUGCCAGCCGGCAUCCUGCCACAGACCAUCACCCCUCAGUCCCUACAGGGCAAGACGCCAGAGGAGCUGACCCUGCUGCUGAUCAAGCUGCGCAGGCAGCAGGCGGAGCUCAACAGCCUGCGGGAGCACACUGUAGCUCAGCUAAUGACCCUGGGUCUGGAGGGGCCCAACGCCAAGACGGAGGUUCUGGCCCAUCAUCUGCAGAGGAACCUCGUUUACCUGGACAGCCAGACGAAGGAGAAUGAGCCUCUAAUCUUCAUGAUUCACACUAUGAUCGAGAACUCGGCUCCGAGGCCGCAACUCUACCAGCAAAUCAGCCCAGACGAAUACAGAGAGAACUCCUACGUCCAGCGCAUGGACGAGGUUGACAUCGAUACCAAGUUGAGCAGAUUGUGUGAGCAGGACAAAGCUGUCAGGAUGCAGGAGGACAAAUUGCAGCAGCUACACAGAGAGAAACACACCCUGGAGACGGCCCUGCUGUCAGCCAGCCAGGAACUGAGUGAGCAGGGCAGCACUAACCCAGCAGCCACCCAGAGCCUCAUUCAGCAGAGAGACGUACUCCAGAAUGGUCUGCUCAGUACCUGCAGAGAACUGUCACGAGUCAACACUGAAUUGGAGCGAUCAUGGCGGGACUAUGACAGAUUGGAGGCAGAUGUAACACUGGCUAAAACAAACCUACUGGAACAACUUGAGGCCCUGGGCAGCCCACAGACGGAGCCUCCAAGUCAGAAGCACGUCCAGAUUCAGAAGGAGCUUUGGAGGAUACAGGACGUGAUGGAGGCUCUGGCCAAAAGUAAACCACAGAGGAGCACAGACAGCAGUUUUCCUGGCUGUAAACCUCUCUCCAGCCUUCAGAAGAAUGAGCAGGCUCCAGACUAUCGGCUGUAUAAGAGUGAACCAGAGCUGACCACUGUUAAAGAAGAAGUGGAUGAGGCCAACGGAGAAGACAAGGCAGAGCCCACUGCCGAGAAUAAAGAGAUGGUAACCCCCAAAGCAGUGCCCCCCUACCCUGUGGGUAUCGUCCCCCCUCGGACCAAAUCUCCCAUGAGCCCCCCUGAGUCAUCCACCAUCGCCUCCUAUGUCACCUUGAGGAAGACCAAGAAACCUGAACCCAGAUCAGACCGUCCCCGAAGUGCGGUGGACCACAUGGGAAUUGGGGAGAGAGAGGUUGGCCGAACGAGGAUGAGCGUAGAGGAGCAGCUGGAGAGAAUGAGGAGAAACCAACAAGCUGCUCUCAGAGACAAGAAGAGAGAAACUCCCUCUCGCUCACCCUCAUUCAGCAGAGACAACCCCUUUGUCAUAUUACAGAGUCGACCCCAAGGAGGGCUCGGGGAGGGGUCAGCUGACCCUACAGAGCUGGAAGCUGCUCUUCAGCAGCUGGAGCUGAGCCGAGCCCAAACCAUGGAAGAGCUCGCACACAUGGACCGAGCCAAGGCCACCAGUGGGGGUGACAGUGGCCAGAUAGACAGAACAGGAGACAGGCAGCAAACUGGAAUACAGAAGGUAGAGAGAGCCGCGGAGCUGAGGAGUGACCAGCCUCUGGCAACAUACAGCGACAAGACUGAGAUGGAGGCAGAGAGCACAGACGAUGAGUUGUGCGAAAGCCAGAGGGUGGUGAUUCUUGACCUGUGUGCGAAGCCCCAGCGUGUUGAAAUUGUGAGCCCGCAAUCCUUUGAGGAAGAGAACAUGAACUGCAAAGAACCCACCUGUGCACCUGCCAUCGACACCAACAAAAACAGCCCCAAGCCUGAGACUUUGACCCCACAGCCAAAGGAGGAGAGGGAAGAGCCUGGCCUGACACUGGCAGGCAGGCAGGACGCACUGGACCCUCCAUCGGUUCAAAAUGCCACAGAAGGCAGUCUGGAGAAGAGCAUCAACUCCUACAACCAGCUGGCUACAGCUGACAGAAAACACAACAACACCAAUAACAACAUGGUGGCUGCACAGACGUUCGCCUUGGUGAGCAGUGACAUAUGA